GCCGGCGCUGCGGACUCGCCUAUUUGCGCCCCUCUUCUUAAUUUACUCUCGGCAGCCGUACUAUAAAAGCGAAAGUUAGUGUCCAGAAAUCAUUCUGUUCGCUCAGUUCCUCAACACAUCAACAUGUUCAUGCUCAUCGCUUUCUCUGCCCUCCUGGCCGUCGCCAGCGCCGGACAACUCCUGGCCCCCGCUGCCUAUGCCAGCCCCUUGACCUACGGAUCGUACGGAGCUUACGCCGCCCCCGCCUACGCCGCCCACGCUACGUACGCCCCCGCUGCCUACGCCGCCCACACCGCGUACGCCCCUGCCUACGCCACCCACGCUGCCUACGCCGCCCCCGUCUCCACCUCUUACUCCAACACCUAUAAGGUCGCCGUCAAGACCCCCGUCGCCUACGCGUCCCACGCUUCCGUCGUUGCCGCCCCCGCCUACACCUCGUACGCCGCCCCUGCCUACGCUUCCUACGCCGCCCCUGCCUACGCUUCAUACGCGUCCCCCGCCUACGCUUCAUACGCGUCCCCCGCCUACGGCGCUGCCCUCAUCCACUAAGAGUGAUCUCUUUGAACAUAGACUGAGUGAUGUUACAUCUAAUUUAUUAAUUCCACACCAACACCAUGAAUGACAAAUAGAUAUUGUUUGUAAACAUCAUAUUGUGAAUAAAUUACUUGACUACACAAAGUCAAAUUCGACAAAAA